GACAAGUUAACCAAGUAGCAGUGGCAGACCAAGGUCCUUAAUUUGCCUCAUCUCAUCUCAUCAUCAUAAGGUAGUACUAUAUACAAAGAAGAUCGCCAUGGCGCCUCAAGAAUUGCAUGAUGAUGAUAAACACAAGGUGGCACCUACUUCUACUUGUACCCCGCCCAGCAGCAACGGCAACCCUUCCGGCGCCGUCCAUCCCACCACCUCCAGCCCGCCGUCCGACGCCUCCGGCCACCGCCCCGCCGCCGCCAACUCCUUCCCUCUCGUCCUCAAGUUCGAGGAAGUGGUGUACAAGGUGAAGGUCGGGCAGGCGACGGAGGGAUGGUGCACGAGCGUGGUGUCGUCGGCGUGCGGCGGCGGGGCGGGGGCCAAGAAGAACAAGGCGGCGGCGUUGCCGCCGAGGGAGAAGACGAUCAUCAGCGGGAUGUCUGGGGUGGUGCGGCCGGGGGAGAUGCUGGCGAUGCUGGGCCCGUCCGGGAGCGGCAAGACGACGCUGCUCACGGCGCUGGGAGGCCGGCACCGGCACGCGCUGCUGUCCGGCAAGAUCACCUACAACGGGCAGCCCUUCUCCGGCGCCGUGAAGCGGCGCACGGGUUUCGUGACGCAGCACGACGUGCUGUACCCGCAUCUGACCGUGGCCGAGACGCUGUGGUACACGGCGCUGCUCCGGCUUCCCCGCGCCCUCGGCGCCGGCGAGAAGCGCGCGCAGGCAGAGGCGGUGGCCCGUGAGCUUGGCCUCACCAAGGUGGCCCACAGCAUGGUCGGCGGAGUGCGCGGCGUGCGCGGGCUGUCCGGCGGCGAGCGCAAGCGGGUGAGCAUCGGGCUGGAGAUGCUCGUGGACCCGAGCCUGCUGCUCCUGGACGAGCCCACCUCAGGGCUCGACUCCACCACGGCCGCGAGGAUCGUCGGCACGCUCCGCCGCAUGGCCGCCGGCGGCAGGCGCACGGUCGUGGUGACCAUCCACCAGCCGUCGUCGCGCCUCUACCACAUGUUCGACAAGGUGCUCCUGCUGUCCGCCGAGGGGCGGCCCAUCUACUACGGCCGCGCCGCCGACGCGCUCUCCUACUUCGCCUCCGUCGGCUUCGCGUCGCCGCUGUCCGUCAACCCCGCCGACCUCAUGCUCGACCUCGCCAACGGUAUCUUGCCGGAGACCAACGGCGACGGCGUCCCUGGCGGCGGGAGCGAGGGUGAGCAGAAGGAGGUGAGGGGGAAGCUGGCCGACGCGUACGCGCGCCACAUUGCGCCGGCGGUGAAGCUGGACAUAUGCUCCCACGAGGCAGCCAGCGCAGGCGGCAUACGCCGGGGCGCCUCACGAGCCGAGUGGACGGCCGGGUGGUGCGCCCAGUUCUCGGUGCUCCUCCGGCGCGGGCUCAAGGAGCGCCGCCACGAGUCCUUCAACAAGCUCCGCAUCUUCCAGGUGCUGAGCGUGGCCUUCCUCGCGGGCCUCCUCUGGUGGCGCACGCCGGCCGCGCACCUGCAGGACCGCACCGCACUCAUCUUCUUCUUCUCCGUCUUCUGGGGCUUCUUCCCGCUCUACAACGCCGUCUUCGUCUUCCCGCUCGAGCGCCCCAUGCUGCUCAAGGAGCGCUCCUCGGGGAUGUACCGCCUCUCCUCCUACUUCGCCGCGCGCACCGCCGCCGACCUCCCCAUGGAGCUCGGCCUGCCCACCGCCUUCGUGCUCAUCCUCUACUGGAUGGGCGGCCUCGACCCGCGCCCGGCCUCCUUCCUGCUCUCCCUCCUCGUCGUGCUCUACAGCGUGCUCGUCGCCCAGAGCCUCGGGCUCGCCGUCGGCGCCGUGCUCAUGGACGUCAAGCAGGGCACCACGCUCGCCUCCGUCAUCACCAUGGUCUUCCUCAUCGCGGGCGGCUACUACGUGCAGCACAUCCCGCCCUUCAUCGGGUGGCUCAAGUGGCUCAACUACAGCUUCUACUGCUACCGGCUCCUCCUCGGCAUCCAGUUCCGCGACGGCGGUGGCCUCUACGACUGCGGCGGCGGCGCGCUCUGCCCAAUCGCCGAGUUCCCCGCCAUCAAGGCCGUCGGGCUCAACAACCAUUGGGUGGACGUCUGCGUCAUGGCGCUCCUCCUCGUCGGCUACCGGGUCGUCGCCUACCUUGCCUUGGACCGCCUGCAGCCGAGGUGAUUCAACUCAAGCCCAAGGAAGCGUCCCUCUGAACCAUGGAGGACGGAGAGAUACAUCCACCAUGAGCACACUAGUAGUAUAAGCCAAAACGGAUCACUGAAGAUUGACCGGCCGUGCAAGCUAGUUAGCUGAUUGCUCUUUUGCCAGCCGCUUCCCCCGGAUCGAUGGGUAUAUUGCGAUCCAGGCCUGAGGCUUGACCGUUCGAGCUCGACCUCGACGAGACCGGAACAGAGGGUUGCUAACGGCGAUGAGUACUAAUAAGUAGAGUAGUACCACUGUGAGUCAGUAUCCAGUACUGCUUAGUCUGUACUGUGUCGGAUUUACAAGCUGAUAUGAUCAGCGUGGAACAAAAGAGAAAACUGCAAGUGCCCGCCAA